GGAGGCUGGAGGUUCGCGGCAGCCUCCGGUUCCCGACUAGUCACAAACUUGAGCGAGGUGAACAUUCCAGCCGCCUAGAAUGAGGAGGUGCGGUCGCCACUCGGGGCCGCCAUCGCUGCUGCUGCUGCUGCUGCUGCUCCCGCCGCUGCUGCUGUCGGGGCCCCGCGCUUACGCGGCCCGGCUCUCAGUGCUCUACUCGUCCUCCGACCCGCUGACGCUGCUGGAUGCUGACACCGUGCGUCCGGCUGUGCUCGGCUCCAGUAGCGCCUGGGCGGUGGAGUUCUUCGCCUCCUGGUGUGGCCACUGCAUCGCCUUCGCUCCGACGUGGAAGGAGCUUGCUAACGACGUGAAAGACUGGAGGCCAGCACUCAAUCUUGCUGUCCUGGACUGUGCUGAGGAGACCAACAGUGCUGUCUGCAGAGAGUUCAACAUCGCUGGCUUCCCCACUGUGAGGUUUUUUAAGGCCUUCUCCAAGAAUGGUUCUGGAACAGCAUUGCCAGGUGCUGGCGCUAACGUGCAGACGCUGCGGAUGAGGCUCAUCGAUGCCCUGGAGUCCCACCGAGACACGUGGCCCCCGGCCUGCCCACCGCUGCAGCCUGCCAAGCUGAAGGAUAUCAAUGGAUUCUUUACAAGAAGUAAAGCAGAGUACCUAGCCCUGAUCUUUGAGAGGGAAGACUCCUACCUGGGAAGAGAGGUAACUCUGGACAUGUCCCAGUACCAUGCUGUGGCAGUACGCAGAGUCUUGAAUACAGAGAGUGAUGUGGUGAACAAGUUUGGCGUCGCUGACUUUCCGUCUUGUUACCUGCUGCUUCGGAAUGGCUCUGUCUCCCGAGUGCCUGUGCUGGUGGAGUCCAGGCCUUUCUAUACAUCCUACCUGCGGGCGCUGCCUGGACUGACCAGGGACGCUCCCCCAACCACAGCUACACCAGUCACUGCUGAUCAGAUAGCACCCACAGUGUGGAAGUUUGCAGACCGCUCCAAGAUCUACAUGGCCGACCUGGAGUCUGCACUACACUACAUCUUGCGUGUAGAAGUGGGGAAGUUCUCAGUUCUGGAAGGACAGCGCCUGGUGGCCCUGAAAAAGUUUGUAGCAGUGUUGGCCAAGUACUUCCCUGGCCAGCCUUUGGUCCAGAACUUCUUGCACUCCAUAAACGACUGGCUUCAGAAGCAACAGAAGAAGAAGAUCCCCUAUAGUUUUUUCAAGGCUGCUCUGGACAGCAGGAGGGAGGACUCUGUCGUUGCAGAGAAGGUGAACUGGGUUGGCUGUCAGGGCAGCCAGCCACAUUUCCGGGGAUUUCCCUGCUCCCUGUGGGUGCUCUUCCACUUCCUGACUGUGCAGGCAAACCGCUACAGUGAGGCCCACCCGCAGGAACCAGCUGACGGCCAGGAGGUCCUCCAAGCCAUGAGGAGCUAUGUUCAGUUCUUCUUUGGCUGUCGUGACUGUGCUAACCAUUUUGAGCAGAUGGCUGCUGCGUCCAUGCACCAAGUGAGGAGUCCCAGCAAUGCAGUUCUUUGGCUCUGGACUAGCCACAACAGGGUCAAUGCCCGCCUCUCGGGUGCUCUGAGUGAGGACCCCCACUUCCGCAAGGUGCAGUGGCCGCCCCGUGAGCUGUGCUCCGCCUGUCAUAAUGAGCUCAACGGGCAGGUGCCUUUGUGGGACCUCGGUGCCACCCUCAACUUUCUCAAGGCACACUUCUCCCCAGCAAACAUCGUCUUAGACUCUCCUGCACCUGGACCAGCAGCCCGGAGUGGGAGCCCAGAAGCUACCCCCAACCUGCUCUUGUGAAGUCCUGCCUCAUUCCUGCUGAAGUCUCAAUGUUUCCUGCUUGGUCUUGGCCUUAAAUUGAGGCAAACAAGUCCAGAGUUUCCAAGGUUUCUCAUCCAGAGGAGAGUAUCCUGGGCAGGGUGGGCUGGAGUGGACCUCACUGCAUUCUGAGGUGGUCCACUUCCCUCCCUCUCCACAUGAAGAAAAGCAUCCCUUUUGGCCUUCUCUGACCAACCCAGCCUCAGCACCUCAGGUGUAGGUGGGGUUUAGCUUCAAGAAUGGAUCUGGAGGCCUCAGGAAAUGAUUCUGGUCACCCAGGUUCAGACCGGGGGUUUCUGCUGCAAGAGUGUAGUUUGAGGUUGGUGUGGUUUGGCAGGCUGGGAGGGUGACAGUUGCUGGACUGUUGGAUGUAGUGCUUGCUUGGUGGUAGGGGCAAAGGGGUGGGUGAUGCUGAGGCCUGUGGUGCCUUAGUGCUGGGCUAGCUGUGACAGGCAGACUCCUCUGAGCUGGGGCACCUGUCUCUCACUUUGGUCUCUAAAAUCAAUGCUAACUAUGGGGCAUGGAAGGUGCUGGGUUGGGAGCAGUGCGUCCGUCCUCUCUCUCCCUAUUGGUUCCACUGUGGGCAGGAGGGGGUGGGGAGACCCGGCUCACUUGCUCCAUUCCCCUGCUCCUACUGCUUGGGAGGGAGGUGGAAUAAAAUUAUUUUUGUUAAGUCACGCAGAA